UUGUUUCCUUGUUACUUUAGGUCUGACCUGGGUGACGAUGUACAGGGUCCUCUGGGGACGUUAGAGUUUAUCCAAAUCGUCGGUGUAUUUGAUGAAGAAACAAAAGCCGCCACCAAAUGGAAUGGCCAUCGUGUAUUAGAUCUACUACGUCAGCACGUUGUGACCGGUGGCCCGUGGCUUGUAACCGACAUACGGCGUUGUCAGAGCGUGUUCGAGCUCGAUCCGCUGGCGAACGACAUUCUGUUGCACGGCAUCGCGACCGAUGGUAUGAACCUGACGGCUGUCAACUGUGCCGUAUGUUCGUGGUCGAUUCCACCUGUCGUCGAGUCUUGUUCGAUGAUGUCAAAGUUGCACGUUAACGACGUCGAGAAUCCAUAUGGCGCUAAUUCAUACCGAUCGACGAGUCAGUACCCGAACUACGACUUCAGCAAUAAGUCAGAGUUUCGAACGUUCGACGCUCUCGACAUUCACCUUGAUAUAAAGACGGCUGUUCUACUGCCGUGGAUGUGCAAAGGUCGACUGCAGCAUCGACGUCACUUCACGUUCCGACUGAUGACCGCCAAUGGCAUCCAAAGCAUGAUCACGUUCUGCCCUCCGGAUAUGCCAGGAGUGCUUGUUUCGCCAGAAUGUCCAUAUGGUUCGAAAGGUUUCUGGUUGCAGGUGCACGUUAGUAACUCUCUGCUUAGUCGCAUGAUCGAGACGUUUCUUGAUCUGGAAGAACUGAAUCUCAAAGUCGCCAAUCUGGUUCUGCCGAAAAAAUACGAACUUUCUGACUUCAGGCUGAAGUUUAUUAUUGUUCCGUAG